GGCAAACAUGUCUGCUUCGAUGAAAGAAGUGUGGACAAUCGUUGCUAAAAAUGUCAUAAUAUUAUAACGUUAGACUCUUCAUGUUAUUGAAUUUUUUGCUCAGUUGAAGUUAAAACGUAUAUGGCACUUGAUGUAUGAUAACUGAGGAAAAUGACGUCUAUUAUCAAACUGACUGCUGUGUCAGGGGUGCAGGAGGAGUCUGCCCUCUGCUACCUGCUGCAGGUGGAUGAGUUCCGCUUCCUCCUGGACUGUGGCUGGGAUGAGAGCUUUUCCAUGGACAUCAUUGAUGCCAUGAAAAGGUAUGUCCACCAGGUCGACGCGGUGCUCCUCUCCCAUCCCGACCCCCUGCACCUGGGGGCCCUGCCCUACGCUGUGGGCAAGCUGGGCCUCAACUGCCCCAUAUACGCCACCAUCCCCGUCUACAAGAUGGGUCAGAUGUUCAUGUAUGACCUGUAUCAGUCACGCAACAACACUGAGGACUUCAACCUGUUCACCCUGGAUGAUGUGGACUGCGCUUUCGACAAAAUCCAGCAGUUGAAGUACUCCCAGAUUGUCAACCUGAAAGGGAAAGGACAUGGUCUGUCCAUCACUCCACUUCCUGCUGGUCACAUGAUUGGAGGGACCAUCUGGAAGAUUGUGAAGGAUGGGGAGGAGGAGAUUGUUUACGCUGUGGACUUCAACCACAAAAGAGAGAUCCACCUGAAUGGGUGUACGUUGGAGUCGGUGAGUCGUCCCUCCCUCCUCAUCACAGACUCCUUCAAUGCUACAUACGUGCAGCCGCGUCGCAAGCAAAGGGACGAGCAGCUCCUUACCAAUGUGAUGGAGACCCUACGCGGCGACGGCAACGUGCUGAUCGCGGUGGAUACGGCAGGCCGUGUGCUGGAACUCGCUCAGCUGCUGGACCAGAUCUGGAGGACGAAGGACGCUGGGCUGGGGGUCUACUCUCUGGCCCUGCUCAACAACGUCAGCUACAACGUGGUGGAGUUCUCCAAGUCUCAGGUGGAGUGGAUGAGUGACAAGCUGAUGCGCUGCUUCGAAGACAAGCGCAACAACCCCUUCCAGUUCCGCCACCUGUCCCUCUGCCACAGCCUGGCCGACCUGGCCCGCGUGCCCAGCCCCAAGGUGGUGCUCUGCAGCCAGCCCGACCUGGAGUCUGGCUUCUCCCGCGAGCUCUUCAUCCAAUGGUGUCAGGACGCCAAGAACUCUGUGAUCCUUACCUACCGUACCACACCUGGCACCCUGGGCCGCUACCUCAUCGACAACCCCGGGGAGAAGAUGCUGGACCUGGAGAUUAGGAAACGGGUGAAGCUGGAAGGCAGGGAGCUGGAAGAAUACCUGGAGAAAGAGAGAAUGAAGAAGGAAGCUGCCAAAAAACUUGAAGAAGAAAAAGAGGUGGACUUGGACUCGAGUGACGAGAGCGACAUGGAGGAUGACCUGGAGCUGCCAGCGGUAGUGAAGACCAAACACCACGACCUCAUGAUGAAGGGAGACGGCGUCCGCAAGGGCAGCUUCUUCAAACAGGCCAAGAAGUCCUACCCCAUGUUCCCCACCCACGAGGAGAGGGUCAAAUGGGACGAGUACGGGGAGAUCAUCAGACCGGAGGACUUCCUGGUACCAGAGCUCCAGGCCACAGAGGAGGAGAAGAACAAGCUGGAGUCGGGCAUGGCCAACGGGGACGAACCCAUGGACCAAGACUCCUCAUCCAAAGUACCCACCAAGUGUACCUCCACUACAGAGAACCUAGAGAUCAAAGCUAGAGUGACGUACAUCGACUACGAGGGCCGCUCGGACGGCGACUCCAUCAAGAAGAUCAUUAACCAGAUGAAGCCGCGGCAGCUGGUGAUCGUGCACGGGCCCCCCGAGGCCAGCCUGGACCUGGCCGAGUCCUGCAAGGCCUUCACCAAGGACAUCAAGGUCUACACGCCGAAGCUGCAGGAGACUGUAGACGCCACCAGUGAGACACACAUCUACCAGGUGCGAUUGAAAGACUCACUGGUGAGCUCGCUGCAGUUCUGCCGCGCCAAGGACACAGAGCUGGCGUGGAUCGACGGUGUACUUGACAUGCGUGUGGUCAAGGUGGACACAGGCGUGCUGCCCGAGGAGGGCGUAGUGAAAGGCGAGGAGGUUGUGGAAGACAGCGAGCUGGCCAUGGACGUGACCCCUGCUGACCACGCCACAACGGACCAUAGCGUGGUUGCACAGCAGCGCGCCAUGAAGACGUUGUUUGGCGAGGACGUGCGCGAGCCGUCAGAGGAGAGUGAUGUCAUCCCCACCCUGGAGCCCCUGCCCGCCCACGAGAUCCCAGGCCACCAGUCAGUGUUUAUCAACGAGCCGCGCCUGUCCGACUUCAAGCAGGUGCUGCUGAGGGAGGGCAUUCAGGCUGAGUUUGUGGGAGGAGUGCUGGUGUGUAACAACAUGGUGGCUGUCCGCAGGACGGAGGCUGGGCGCAUCGGCCUGGAGGGAUGCCUAUGUGAUGACUACUAUAAGAUACGUGAGCUGCUCUAUCAGCAGUAUGCUGUGCUGUAGGAGAGAGGAGGAGCAGAGAUGGUGUCAGCCAUGACAGUAUCACACAGACAUUCCGUUAGGAGGAGAAAGGAUGGAGAGGAGAGAGGACUAUUACCCAGAGGACCACGGGGUUCUAGGUGUUCUCCACACACAGGCUACCUGAGCUCCCCUCCGGAGUCUCUCCAGCUGUUUGACUUCCAACCGCAAUGUUGAUUUGUCCUUUUUUCCCCCCUUUAAAAAUCUGUUUACUGUUAUGUUUGUUGUGCGUCUUUCCCCCCCGCAGUGAGAGACAGAUGGGCUCUUCUGGAGUGACCUCUUGAUGCGAACACAUGAUGUGCGAAUGAACGAUAACCCUUAGGGUCAUUUUUACCUCUCCUCAAGCCCCCUCGGCUCUGGACUAGACUGGCUGGCGAGGCGAAAGAUCACCACUGGAGAGUCCCAACAUCGUUCCACAUAGGCUGGAAUGGUUUAUCAGUGUAUCUGUUUUUUUUGUUUCUCAUUAAAGCUGCAAUAUGUAACUUUUCGGGGCGACCCGACCAAAUUCACAUAGAAAU